AUGUGUGCUGCCACAAAAUCAACGUCAUCUAAAAGGCCCAGGGAAGCCGGGGACCCCGCCGCUGAUCGUAUUGAAGAAAUAAUUCCCAAUGCAGAUGAUAAGAAUGAAAAUGAAGAUAAGAAGAAAAGGAAAAGAACCAGCUACGCCUGUGUCAGAUGCCGUAAAAGGCACAUCAAAUGCCCAGGAGGUAAUCCUUGCGAGAAAUGUAAACUGGUGAACGUUGUUUGUGAAUACGCUGAGGCCGAAAAAAAAGUAGUGGUAUCCAUGAAAUACUUGCAAAAACUCCACGAGGAAAUCGCCACUUUGAAAAAACAAAAUGCCAAUUUGAGAAUAAGAAAUAAACCUGGAAACUCAUCAUUUGUACCUAUAUGUGUCGGUGAAAAUAAACCAACUUUAGAAUCUGUUAAUUUAUCCCUUACAUCUACUAAUUCAAAUCAUUCAAAUCAACUCAAACCUGGUAAUGAUGAUCCUGCCAGUACAAAACCCAGAGAAGCUUUGAAGAAUGAUGCUAGUCAUAGUGAAAAUAAUAACGAUAAGAAUAAGAUUAUUAAGAAGAACUCUACUAAUAAUAAUACCUAUAACAAAUAUCCCAAUGAAAUCAUCCCCCCAUUUAUCGAUCGUCAAAGAAGAUUGGUCUCUUCUAAAACCGGGGAAAAGUUCUACGUGGGAUCAUCAUCUAUGACAUUAUUUGGAUUGGAAGUGGAAAGUAUGAUACCCGACAACGUCCUAAGAAGAAGUAAUACUCAUGCAAAUGGUGAUAUGAAUCCAAAUGAGCGUUUAUCAACAGUUUUAGAAAGGGAAGGUAACGCUUACCGAAUUUAUCUUGGAAAAACAGAAACCAGACCAGGUAUCUCUGUGAAAUUUGUUUUGCCUUCAUAUUCUUACUCGAUGCUAUUGAUCGACACCUUUAUCACUUAUAAUGACGGGUGUUUUUAUUUUUUCAACGAGGGGAUGGUCAAAGAAAAUCUCCGGAAAACUUACAGUAAUAAUUUAUCGUCUAAUGACUCAACCAAGAAUUUUUCCAAUCAAGAUUCUAUUAUCGAAACCAUCAAUUUUUGUAAAUUCUUGUUGAUUUUCGCCAUCGGAGAAAUGUAUUUGGGAACCGCAAACGACACAAACGGGAUGAAACUUUCGUCUCCAAGAUUGCCGGGUUCGGGAUUUUUCCAACAAGCUUCGGAAUUAUUUACGGGGUUGUUUGCAUCAGGGGCAAUAGACAAUGUUGCCAGGGAAGGGGGAGUUGAGGUGAUGUUAUUAUAUGCCUUUUACCUUCAAGUUGCUGAUUGUACUGUGGCGUCAUAUUUCUACUUUGGCACUGCUUUGCGAGCUUCGUUGAUCUUGGGUUUGCAUGUUGACGUUGAAAAAGAUACGCUAAACAGAUACGAAUUGGAACAUCGACGAAGAUUAUGGUGGACCGUGUAUAUGUUUGAGAGAAUGUUGUCUUCGAAAGCCGGUUUGCCACUAUCGUUAACCGAUGAUUGUAUUUCUACCGAAUUGCCCGAGGAUUUUGAUAUGUCACACCCUUCAGAUAACUGCAAGCAUUAUAUUUUCCCUGAAGCAGAAUAUAUUAGAAACUGUGUUACAAUUGUUCAAAUCAACGCGUUGAUCUUAUCGUCUUUAUAUCAAAAGGAACCAACUACAAAUAUCUUGCCAGUGAUUGCCGAAUUGAUUACCAAAUUAUUUACUUGGAAAGAAAACUUGCCAGAUUUUUUGAAACCAAAUUUCCAAGUUCCCAACUUUCAAAUUUCCAGAUUAGUAACGAAUAUUAUGACGGAAUAUUUUCAAGGGAUUAAUUUGGCGGUGAGACCUUUGCUAUUCUAUUUGACCACCAAACAAAUUAGAAUCAACAAAACGUCAGAUGUUUAUAUAGAUUUGACGAAAUACUCGGAGUCCAUCUUGACUUUGUUAAAUGCCUCUUUCCAAGGAUCUAUCAACACAAUCAGGUCCCUUUGGUCAUUGAUGCCGGAAAACAUGGUAGCAUUAUUUGGGUAUAUGGACAGAGAGUAUCUUUUUACUUCUGCCGCCACUUUGAUCUUGUUUAAUGUGGCAUUUGGAGUCCACGAUUCAACCAAAGACCCGUUGGACCAUGCAUUAUUCAUGUUCACUAAAAUGAAGAAUUUGGGUAACAAUCCUGCAGAAUUGAGAAGGGCUCAAUUGAUCAAAUUGAUGCAAACUUUGAAUUUUAAUAACAGAAUGCAGGAAUUGAUUGAUAAGUACAAUAGUGAUAGCGAAGAUAAUAUAUUGGCAGGAGGGAGUAAACUGAAGCAAAAGAAAACCGAGCUAGAAUUAUCGGGCCAAACGCAAAAACAACAACCUACUUUUAAUAAGAAGCUCAUGAAUAAGGAAAGAAGAAUGCAGGUAAAUAAUAAUCGAUUCAUUUAUCAAAAGAACUCUGCGGGCUCGUUGAAUCCAGGGGCCUCUGGGUAUCGAGCUCCUUAUACACCACCCGCUGCUCACGGAUUACUAUUUGAUGGUAACAAUAUUCAUAACAUCGACGAUAUUAUAUCUGGUGGCUCGGUGGCCGUGAGUCAUCCAGUGUCGAACACCAGAAGCGAAUUGCUUUCCAACAAAGAUCAUGAUGCCGAAACCGUAGACUAUCCAUUAUCUUCCACUGUGAAUUAUUUGACUCACAACAACAACAGCAGCGAUGGUUUGGGAAAUACCGAUCAUCCAGGAGCUGAUUUUAUGACCUCUUCAGGAAGAGACAGCCCAGUACCAGAGCUUCAGAGACUUCUUAAUCCGUCAUCAAUGUCUUUUGCGACUGAUGGUAAUAAUCAUCAUAAUUAUUCUGGAGGUAAUACCAACAAUGUCAUGCUUGAGAAUAUGAUGAAGACAGACUUUACCGAGACAGGAUAUCUGAAUGAUCUUUUGAAUAAUCUUAGUGGUUUGGGAAACAGAAUCGAUAAUGAGUUGUGGGAUGAAAUUACUAACCAGCCUACAUGGUUAAAUGAUGUUAGCGAAGAAUUCCAAAAUUUAAUGAACUCAAUACAAUAA